AUGGCCGACUACCAAAAUCGAGCCGCCGUUGUCUGGAAAAAGAUUUCAUUUUUCCGGGAGGGUCACGUGUGCCAUAGUGAGUGCCUCCCCGAAGCAGGCUGCUGGGGUCCUGGACCUGCGAUGUGUGCUCGAUGCUGCACCUUUGAGGCAGAUGGUGUCUGCGUCUCGGAUUGUUCCGAAGCACCCGGUUUCUACCUCCCAUCGAGCUCCGCUGUCUCUACACUCACAUCGCAAUUUCGUUGCUACACACUGCCUCUAUCAGUUGGACAAGUGGCACAAAUGCAAGACGAGGAGGUGUUAGCGGCUAUUCGACCUUCAGUGAAGUGUGCUAGAUGCCACGAAGAGUGCGCAGAGUCGUGUACUGCACCUGGGCCGGAUCAGUGUCUGGGUGGAUGUAAGCAUUUCAAGGUGCGUUUGAGGUAG